AUGGAAAGAAACAACAGUACACUGUUGACUGCGUUUAUCCUGACAGGAAUUCCUUAUCCACUCAAGCCUAGGACACUCUUUUUUGUGUUCUUUUUGCUAAUCUACAUCCUGACUCAGCUGGGAAACCUGCUUAUUUUAAUCACUGUCUGGGCAGACCCAAGGCUCCAUGCCCGCCCCAUGUACAUCUUUCUUGGUGUUCUCUCAGUCAUUGACAUGGGCAUCUCCUCCAUCAUUGUCCCUCGCCUCAUGAUGAACUUCACUUUAGGAGUCAAACCCAUCCCAUUUGGUGGCUGUGUUGCUCAACUCUAUUUCUAUCACUUCCUGGGCAGCACCCAGUGCUUCCUCUACACCCUAAUGGCCUAUGACAGGUACCUGGCAAUAUGUCAGCCCCUGCGCUACCCUGUGCUCAUGACUGCUAAGCUGAGUGCCUUGCUUGUGGCUGGAGCCUGGGUGGCAGGAUCCAUCCAUGGGGCUCUCCAGGCCAUCCUAACCUUCCGCCUGCCCUACUGUGGGCCCAAUCAGGUGGAUUACUUCUUCUGUGACAUCCCUGCAGUGUUGAGACUGGCCUGUGCUGACACAACAGUCAACGAGCUGGUGACCUUUGUAGACAUUGGGGUGGUGGUUGCCAGUUGCUUCUCCCUGAUCCUCCUUUCCUACAUACAGAUCAUUCAGGCCAUCCUGAGAAUCCAUACAGCUGAUGGGCGGCGCCGGGCUUUUUCAACUUGUGGAGCCCAUGUAACCGUGGUCACCGUGUACUAUGUGCCCUGUGCCUUCAUCUACCUGAGGCCUGAAACCAACAGCCCCUUGGAUGGGGCAGCUGCCCUAUUCCCCAUGGCCAUCACUCCUUUCCUCAACCCCCUUAUCUACACUCUGCGGAACCAAGAGGUGAAGCUGGCCCUGAAAAGAAUGCUCAGAAGCCCAAGAACUCCGAGUGAGUUCUCUCUGAAGCCUAAAGAAGCAAUCUGAUGGGACACUAGGUUUAGAGGGGAAGCCACCUGGUUUCCCUUUUCUUUGUCAUUUCAGCUGUCUGUAAGUUUAAACAAGCUUGUCCAGGUCUUAGUCCCACCCCAGACUUUGCAUUUGACCGGAGAUAGCUUACCUCACCUUAUCUGCUAUCUAGGGACACCAUUACCAGUUUAGUUUAUUCCUGCAUUUGUGACUUCAUUCAUGUUUGUGUAAGAAUCCUGCCCCCCUUUUCAGGAUGGGCAGUGAGUGCAAAGUACUGAGAAAUGGAGGGUUCCUCUUACAGGUGGCUGUUGAUCCAGUCACCUUUCACCAGGGACUAAAUUUACCUUAAAGAAGAGCUUAGAUCAAAUUACGCAUCAGAAAGCACAUUUCAUUAAAGAGCAAAAAAAGGGACAGUGUUUCCCAGGAGAUGAAAAGAAAAGGAUUUCUUUUCUCGUCAGAAGACUUGACAAAACAGCAACUGGAUAUCAAAUGUUCAAUGCUAAUUAACAAAUGCUCAGUAGAAAGCCUCCAUCUGAUUCCCUCUCCCUGAUUAAGGCCAGGGAGCAAAUGGCAGGUAGAAGCCACACAGGGCCCUUUCUCUAGCAUUAGGGAAGCCAUACAAUGUUGAUGUGCUUGAGAAAGCACUGGACAGGAGUCAAAAUUCUGAAUGCUUGCUUCACUGAAUUACUGUGUGAAGUUGGAAAAGUCACUUAACCUCUCCAAGCUUCAGCUUCCUUAUCUGUAAAAAUAAACCACAUUGCACAAAACUGUGACUUGUCAUAAACUGAAAUAGAACCCGCCUCCCUCAUUUGUAAGUCCAGGCCUGGAAGCACAGAACCCAUCCAUUUCAGAAUUAUGAUUCACAAUGCUAAGAGCCUUAUUAUCUGAAGUUUCAAAAUGUAAUUCAGUACGACGUUUUAAGUUUAAAAACACAGGCAAAAUU